AUGUCGCCAACUUAUUACGGAACGGCGAACCUUGUCAAAUCUAUCUACACAACAGGCAUGUACCAGCAACCAAGCAUCACAUCCUACGAAACCAACGCUACAACACACAUUGAAACAGCAGAAUCCUCUAGUGUGAACACAGUUCACACAAGCCCAACGAUGACCAAACUCGCGCUCAUUUUGGUCAUGAUUCUCGCAAUCUCUGCAUUUAUCUGGUAUCGCUAUAAUAAGAUAUGGAUCGCGGCGUACAGGAGGUAUAAAAAAGCGAAGGAAGAGAAGAAAGCCAAGAAAGCCAUGCAAGCAAGGGAAGCUACAGAGUUGGAGAAAGCAAUAGAAGAAUCGAGAACUAGUACUUCCAAAAGCAAAGAUUCUGCUCCAGUCAUAUGUAUUAGUGUCUCAGUAUCAACUUUCGAUACCUCGAUUUAA